AUGGUGGGGCGUAGAGUCAUCCAAGUAAAGAACGGUCCCUCCGCUCCAGUCACUGCCACUCAGGUAAAGAACAGUCCCUCCGAUCCAGUCACUGCCACUCAGGUAAAGAACAGUCCCUCCGAUCCAGUCACUGCCACUCAGGGAAAGAACGGUCCCUUCGCUCCAGUCACUGCCACUCAGGUAAAGAACGGUCCCUCCGAUCCAGUCACUGCCACUCAGGUAAAGAACGGUCCCUCCGAUCCAGUCACUGCCACUCAGGUAAAGAACGGUCCCUCCGAUCCAGUCACUGCCACUCAGGGAAAGAACGGUCCCUCCGCUCCAGUCACUGCCACUCAGGUAAAGAACGGUCCCUCCGAUCCAGUCACUGCCACUCAGGUAAAGAACGGUCCCUCCGAUCCAGUCACUGCCACUCAGGGAAAGAAUGGUCCCUCCGCUCCAGUCACUGCCACUCAGGUAAAGAACAGUCCCUCCGAUCCAGUCACUGCCACUCAGGGAAAGAACGGUCCCUCCGCUCCAGUCACUGCCACUCAGGGAAAGAACGGUCCCUCCGCUCCAGACACUGCCACUCAGGGAAAGAACGGUCCCUCCGCUCCAGACACUGCCACUCAGGGAAAGAACGGUCCCUCCACUCCAGACACUGCCACUCAGGUAAAGAACGGUCCCUCCGCUCCAGACACUGCCACUCAGGGAAAGAACGGUCCCUCCGAUCCAGUCACUGCCACUCAGGGAAAGAACGGUCCCUCCGCUCCAGUCACUGCCACUCAGGGAAAGAACGGUCCCUCCGCUCCAGACACUGCCACUCGGGGCAUUGGUGAUGGUAGCGAGGACAGGGCCAGGGAGGAGAUGUAG